CUUUGUAUGAGCACUAUAUAUAAACAGUACCAGGCAGAGUUUCUGAGUUCAACAGCUGGAAUUUAUCACAUGAAGCAAACAAUUAGACCCAUCUCCAUUUGGAAAGAAGCUGCCAGACAUCAAAGGUCCUUUCUCCUGGCACUUUCAAAGUAAUGAUGGCUCUACAGAAGACACAGUCCUUGCUCCUGGUUUGGCUGCUGAUUGUGCUGGGGCUAGGGCUGGUGCAACCCUCCUACGGCCAGGAUCGCAUGUACCAACGGUUCUUGCGGCAGCAUGUGGACCCUCAGGACACAGGUGGCAAUGACAGUUACUGCAACAUGAUGAUGCAGAGACGGAAGAUGACGACUUCCCAGUGCAAACGUUUCAACACCUUCAUCCAUGAGGACAUCUGGAGUAUUCGUAGUAUGUGCAGUACCCCUGAUAUCCAGUGCAAGAAUGGCAAGAUGAACUGUCAUGAGGGCGUGGUAAAGGUCACAGAUUGCAGAGAGACAGGAAGUUCCACGGCCCCAAACUGUAGAUAUCGGGCAAGGGCAAGCACUAGGCGAAUUGUCAUUGCCUGUGAGGGUAACCCAAAGGUGCCAGUGCACUUUGAUAGAUAAAUGCCACACUGCAGUGGUGUGGCUAUGGUUGGCCUCUGAUUCACUGAGAAGAGUAACGUGUGAUAUAUUUGAACAAUUUCAGGCUUUGUCUCCUCUGCUCAUUUCUCAUAGCCAUGCAUACACCCACUAUAACUUGUGCUAUUAAUACAUUACACCCAGAGAAAUGCAGACAUAAACCUGCAGUGAGUCUGGCUUUCCUUCAGCAAGCUUCUUCUCCUAAUGCUGGUCAGCUGAGCUUUCUCGGAUCCUGUGCUCUGGAAUUUGGUCAUUGCUGUACUCAGAGUGUUUCUGCCAUUCUGAACGGCUUGUGUCCAAGGUCUCUCUUGUUGAUUCUCAGCACCUUUGUGACCUGCAGCAGCUGCUACUUCAUACAGAAGCUCAAAGGCACAGGAUUAGCUGAGGACCAUGAAGUUAGGGGAAGACCUGAGACAUCAAUCCAGAUGAGCUGACUUCUCAUACAGGACUUCCACUCCUCCUUACAGGAAGUGCUUUGACAGUGUCUGCGUGUUGUGUCAGGAGUCAGCCACUGGGGAAGCACUGAAGGUUGGAAACAACACACUAACCAGGACAGCUUUGUGCUAAUUGUCACUUUUGUUGCCUCUGUGAUUGCUGAGAUAAAAAAUGGUGUAGAAAUUUUUCUUCUUAAAAUUUUGAAUCACACUACCAAACCAAGGUAUUAAAAAGUAUUGAAUAAUAAAGAUUAACUUACUCCUCCUGA